AAAAAACAAAAGAAAGAAAAAGAUGGAACCAUAUUCAUCAGGCACAGUUCCCUUAAGCUCCAGCUCCCAAGGUUGGGUACAACGUAUUAGCAACAUCUUCCGUACAGAAAUUGCCCUAAACAUCGACCAUCUCCCUCCGGUUUGCGUUUUCGAAGUCCCGAAAACCGUCAGCGUCCAGAAACCCGAAGCUUAUACCCCUCAGCUCAUUGCCCUCGGGCCGUACCAUCAUCUCCGGCCCGAACUCUAUCAAAUGGAGAGGUACAAACUCGCAGCCAUCAAAGAACUUUCCACCCCUGAACAAAUCUUCAACUUCCAAACCCUAGUGAUCAACAAGAUGAAGGAGAUUGAUCCCUACAUCCGGGCUUGUUACAACAAGUUCAUGGAUUACGAUCAGGACACGUUGGCUUGGAUCAUGGCCAUCGACGGUUGUUUCUUCCUCCACAUGGCGGAUUCUUAUCUCAUACGGGAUGAGACAACGGAUAAAAGAUUACUGGAUAAUACCAUCAUUACUAGAGAUAUUCUUAUGCUGGAAAAUCAAAUCCCGUUUCUUAUAUUGAAGGAAAUUCGUAAGGCACUUCAUAUUUCUAACAUUGUUGAUGGUCAAGAAGAUGUCCAGUUGAUAUCCAUGUUGCUUCAAUUUUGUCAAGAAGUUUCUCCGAUUAAAUUCUGUACGAAUUUCAUGGCUUCCAACCGUUUCCAUCGCCCGCUUCAUUUGCUUGAUCUUUUGUACCAUAUGAUUGUUGAUGCUCCGGGUUACUUGUCCGGUCCAUUACUCGGCCCGAUUCGAGAUGUCCCCUUGUACAGCGAAUUCCGACCCUCAAUCUCUUCGUCAGGAGACUCGUCUUCUUCGUCCUCCUCCACGGAUCAAGAAGAAGAACCCGAAUUGGUUCGCAAUAAUCUGGACGCGAUUCUCGACGUGGUCGAAUCCAUGGGCACGAAACGCGCGCAAGCGAUUGUUACGCCGGUGAAAUUCGUGUCCAGCAUUCCCUGGUCAAGCAUUUCCGGGAUUUUCAGGAAAGGGAAUUUGAAGAAUGGAGAGGAAAAUUCAACGGAAGACGAAAUCCGGAUUCCGUCUGUCUCGCAUCUCUGGCGUUACGCUAAGGUGCAGGGCCGUCCUUUGAUCGGCAGCAUCAAUGAGGUCAAGUUUGUUGAACAGGAAGCUACUUUGUACCUUCCGGUCUUAAACCUGAACGCGAGUUCCGAGGUGAUAUUGAGAAAUCUGGUGGCUUUCGAAGCGGCGAUGGCGAAAUCCAGCCUGGAAUUGGCACGUUUCAUAAAUCUCGUCAACGGGAUCGUGGACACCGAUGAUGAUGUGAAGUUGUUGAAGCAAAAUGGAGUGAUCAUUGGGUCUUUAAAGGAUGAUGAAAUUGCUGAGAUGUUUAAUUGCAUGAAGAGAAACUACGUGAAAUCGGAUCAUAAGUCGAACAUUGAUGUUGCGAUUGAGGAAGUGAACCGAUAUUAUGACCAGAAGUUGGUGGUGAGAAUGGUGAGGAGAUUGAAGAGGAAUUUCUACACUUCGUGGAAAUGUUUGGCGGUGAUGUCUACCGUGGCUCUCAUGGUUCUGAUGAGCUUGCAGACAUUUUGUGAAUUCUAUCAAUGCAGCAAAGUGUUGAGGUUUUAGACCGACGUCAUUACAGUAUGUCCAUCGAAAUAACUGGCCGAUUGUAAGUAUGUAUAUAAAUAUGUAAAAAUUUCAAAUUAGAGUCGGAUCGUGUCACAAAUUAAAGUAACCAUUCAUAUUGCGAGUUCUGGUAUUAAACCAGCCGGCCGGGAGGAAUUAGUUUAUUAUUAUUCUUUCAUUCUUGGUCCGACGAAAUUAAGUUGUAAAAAAAAAAAAAAGCUAGUUAAGUAGUUAUUAGUUACAUGUUAUCUAUGAAUUUCAGAAUAUUUAUUUUAGUGUCCUUGCCUCCUUGGUAUUUUCCGCUUUUUC